AUGCGGACCUUUGUGUUGCUUGCCGCGCUACUUCUCACUGCGCUUGUGCACGCGUCGAAUGUGCUGGACCUGACCAAGACCGCGCUGUAUGACAGCACGGUCGGCAAGGAGGCCGGCGUGCUGGUCGAGUACUUUGCGCCGUGGUGUGGCCACUGCAAGCGCCUCGCGCCCGAGUACGAGAAGCUUGCCGACUCGUUCUCGCGCAAGAAGGACAAAGUGCUCAUUGCCAAGGUGGAUGCGGAUGAGAACAAGGAGCUUGGCCGCCGUAUCGGCCUGCAGGGCUUCCCUACGAUCAAGUGGUUCCCCGCGCACUCGACCGAGGCGGUCGAGUACAGCGGCCAGCGCACCGCCGAGGCCCUCGCGCAGUUUGUGACAGAGCAGAGCAAUGUGCGCAGCCGCAUUCCUGCCCCAGAGCCCGAGGCGGUGGUGGAGCUGACGAGCAGCAACUUUGACGAGGUGGUCAACAACCCCGAGCUCGAUGUCCUGGUCGAGUUCUACGCGCCGUGGUGUGGUCACUGCAAGAACCUUGCGCCGAUCUACGAAAAGGUCGCCAAGGUCUUCCGCCGCGACUCCAAGUGUGUGGUUGCGAAGAUCGACGCAAACGCCGAGGAGAACGCCGACGUGAAGCGCCGCUUCCAGAUCAACUCGUACCCCACGCUGCUCUUUUUCCCGCAGGGCUCGAACGACAAGUGGCCACGCCCCUACCUGAAGGAGCGCAACGAAGAAGAGUUUGUCAACUUCCUCAACGAAAAGUGCUUCACCUUCCGCAAGACCGACGGCACCCUGUCGCAGUUUGCCGGUCGCCUUCCGUCGCUCGACGGCCUCGCGGCGCGUUUCUACACCGCUGCGAGCGAUGCACGCGACAGCAUCGUUGCCGAGGCGAAGAGGUUUGCCGCGGAGCUCACCGAGAAGGAGCACUCGGAGGCCAAGGACUCGGCCGCCUCCUACUACCUCCGUGUGAUGGACAAGGUGCUGCGUGACGGCUCGGAUUACGUGAAGCGCGAGAGCGACCGCAUUGGCCAGAUGCUCGAGCGCCACGCGGCCGGCACCGGCAAGUUCACCGAGGACAAGAUCGACCAGCUGCAGCGCAAGUACAAUGUGCUCUCGGCCUUUAUGAACGAACGCAUUGCUGUUGCUGCCAGCAAGGCCUCGAGCUCGCUCGCGGCGGCGACCGCCACGUCGGGCCACGACGAAUUGUAG